GACAGGAAGUAGUCACUGGCGGAAGUGUUUAGAGUAUGCACAUGUGCGCGCAGAAGUCAGGGAUGUGUAGACUGUUCCUUGGGAUAUCCGAGCAUGGCGUCUGAGCCGUGGAACCGACUGCACAUUCCUCGCCCUGCCAUUCAGAGCUUGGUGACCGUGCCUGCGAGUGCAGAGACAGAGGAAUAUAUUAAAGCAGUUGUGGAAAAAUGUCUUUCUGUGAAGCAGUCCCUAAUGAGCAAAGUAUUGGAGACAGAAAAAUCUGCAUUAUAUUCGAUAUUGUAUGUCUACCACCAUCAACUUGGUUACCAUAAACCAUAUUUGGCUUUAAAACAGGUAGAGCAAUGCUUGAAACGACUAGCAGCUAUGGGUUUAGAAGUUACUAUUCAAGAGAUGCUUGAUUUGUGUCCAAGAUAUUUUGGGAAAAAUGUUUUGACAGCAGAAAAGCACUGUUGCCUGCCAAGUCAACCUAUUAUUGAAGUUGUGUCUAUAAAAAUACUGGGUGCCUGCAAGUUGUUUUUGCGACUUAUGGACUGCUGCGAAAAAGCCUUCCAUUUAUGUCUACAGCAUAUUUACCUUGAGGAAUUCAUAGUUGCCAAUGUGGUACUUUUAGGAUUGCUUAGCCGGCUCUGGGUUUUGCACAGAGGCAUUUUAAAGAAGUUGAUUUCUCUAUAUGGGGCACAAUACCUCUUGCAGAAAGAAGUAUCUGAUUUCCAAAAUAUGCCAUAUAUUAAGAACUUUACUUUUCCAACAAAGAUUGAAGAUUUUCUGGGACCAGUGUAUGCUAGUAUCAAUAAAAGAAAGUUACCUCAUAUAUCAUUCAAAAAAGGAGCUCUGCAAAUCCUGCAUACAGUCUUUUCAUCACAUGACCUGGAUGAUAAUGAGGAAGAAAGGCAUAAAUCUGCCUUUGAAGAGUUAACAGACACAGUGGAAACUGUUGUUGAUAUUGGCCUUCCAGUACAGGCCAAAAGAUCUUACAGAGAUAACUGUGGAACAUUUGAUGUCAAAACCUUAUGUCAGAAACAACAAUCCAGCUUUAAUCAUCCCUGUAAUGUGAAAAAGAAGUCCAUGGCCUCUAAGAACAAACGGAUCAUUCAGUGCUAUCGAAAAUCAAAUUCUGAAUGUGCAGGCCACCUAGUGCCUAAGCUCCAGGAAACAGAGACGUUCAGAGAACUUGCUGAAAAACUGCAAUAUGCACUAAAAUGGUGCAAACGUAGAAAGUUGCUGCCAGAAGUCUUGUUCUUCCGGAAAAAAUGUCUCCGAGCAAACAGACUCAAACAUGUUGAAUUGCUCGGCUACAGCCUGCAAAAGAAAUUGCGUUGUUUUAAAAAGUCUGUCUGUCAAAGCUUGUGUCAAGGAAAUCUAAGGCGAAAUCAUCACAUGCCUAGUUUGAGAAUACCAAGACUCAAGUGGACUGUUAAACAUAAGGUCACUUGCCGAAGGAAGAGAAAACGUCUGAAUGCUCUGAACCAUCCCAUUAUUUAUUCUGAAUCUGGAGUUGAAAGGACCCAUCAUAAAAAUGCUUCAAUUUGUUUAGAUCUGAACCUUGGUGCUCAAGAAGUGUCAACAGCUACCACAGAUGUUCUUUUGGCAUCAGGUCAUAUAACGGCCAAUGACAAGUCUGAAUCUUUAAGUGUACCUUUGUGCUUGGAAACUAAGAUAAUCACAGAUGACAUAGAUGAUAUAUUCUCAUCAAUUGGUGUUUAAAGGAAAACUAUACCCCCAAACAGUGUAGGUCUCUCUAAAAAUGUAUUGCAUAAACAAGUUCAUGUAAAAUCCUGCUUCAUCUAAAUAAACCAUUUUCAUAUAAA